GUGACGUAUACGCAUCAGCUGAUCUGCAUGUGCCUCCAUAAUUCAGAUUCAGACGUAUUUUCACGUAUGUGUGAACACAUAUUUUUUAGUUAAUCGAUUCUAUUGUUUAUAUCUAAAGGGUCACCUAGUUUGCUUUGAAAUCAUGAAGAUUUCAAUCAGGGAAACGAUGUAUAUGUUUGACCCGCCGACAAAUAUGAUACUGACUUUGAGCCGUUAUAACGUUUUACGACUUUACCUGUUAAUAAACUUGGUAGUUCAGUUACAUUUGAAAAGAAAUGUUCUAAAAUUUAGAAAGAAAAGGCAUUUUUGAUAUUAAAAAUAAAUAAAUUGUGUAAAUUUUGAAUCAUCAGCAGAUAUUACUAAAACACAGAUUGAAAUUAAAAUGAACCAACAAUGGAUUAUUGUUUACCUAUUAGUAGCAUGUACACAUCUAUCACAUCAGAGAUCAACGCCCAAUUCACCAACAUAUAGAGCAGCUGUUCUAAACUAUUUUUCAGCAUAUGUGUCAAAUAAUACUGAGUUAACUUUAAAUAUGAAUUGUGCUGAAUAUGUCAAACUUAUUGAGAUAGCUCAAACAAUGGAUGUUGAUAUAAUUGUUUUUCCCGAAUAUGGAUUAACAAGUAUUGAUUUAUUAACAAUUGAUGAUAUAUCCAGUUGGGCAACUGAAAUUCCCUAUGUUACAGAUAACUACGUACCUUGUACAAAACGAAGUGGGUCAGUAAACGAUGUACUGAUUAAAAUAUCAUGUGCUGCAAAGCAGAAUCGUAUCUAUGUGGUGAUCAAUGUUGUUGAGAGGACAUAUUCAUUUCAAACGAAAAAAACAAUUUAUUACAGUAGCAAUGUUGUGUUUGAUCGCACAGGAAGAAUUAUUGCUAAGUAUCGUAAAACGAUUAUUUCUGAAAAGGAAGCACAAUUAUUUGAUUUUCCACUGUGGAACCAGAUAAAGCAGCUUUUAACACUGACGGAUCAAGACGAAGCAAUUUUUAAUACCGAUUUUGGAGUAAAAUUUGCAACUUUUACAAGCUAUGAUAUAUUGUUUUCUGAACCUGCAUUACAAUUUACAAGAAUGAAAAACAUUACUGAUAUUGUACAUCCUACAGUAUGGUAUUCUGAAACACCGUUCUUCACAGCUACGCAAAUAGAAGCAGGAUGGUCAUUUGCCGAAAACGUAAAUCUAUUAACUUCUAGUUAUAACAGACCUACCUCUAGUAAUACAGGCGGUGGAAUUUACUUAGGUCGUAAAGGACUAGGUAAAGUAAUACUGCCCAACACAGAUUCACUAAUAACGUAUGACGUACCUAAAAUCAAUAGGAAUAAAUUGGAAUCUUUGAAGUUAUCCAGUUUUGCUUAUUACUAUCAUGACUUUAUACACAACUCCACCAAGCAGAAAAUUCAGGUGCAAAACGAAGAUGGAAAUAAAUUAUGUAAGAGACAAGAAGAUAUCAACGUCAGUGAAAAAAAUAAAGUAUUUUUAUAUCGUAGUUACGAUAACGGAAUUCCUUUGGAAUAUAACAUAACAAAACAAUUUCAAGAAGAUGUUCACAUCGAUGGUUUCUGUUGCAAGUUUAAAGGACACAUUGAAAAAGUAGAUCCAUGCAUAAAAUAUCGUUUUGUCAUUUUUAAGCAACAGCGUGGUAUUUUCAAUAUCGCAGGAGGUGUACUCGCAUGCGGUAUAAUUCAAUGUUCGAGCAAUUCGAUCGAGUCGUGCGGUUCGGUGGAAAAAUCGGAAACUUUAUUUAAGAAUCUUGAAAUCACAGCAGAAUUUAAAAAUGAUAAAAAUCUUUUGAUCAUGCCCUCAACAUUAAAUUCAAAUUUACUUCCGCUUAACAAUUGGAUGUAUAGUGAAAAUAUUCAUGGUAAUGAUAUGUCAGUUACUAUAUCCUUAAAUAAAGCAACAAACAAUAUAGUAACAUUUGGAUUAUAUUUGAGAAACUUUAGUGCAGACCACAUAAUAUAAAGAUCAAAUAACAAUAUUUGAGCAUAUUUUAUUAUGAAAGACAAGUAUUAAUUAAUAUUGUUAAUAGCCUUGUUGAUAUUGUCGCAAAGAAUUUAUACUUAUCUAUUUAAUAUAAAAUAGGUGUGAUAACUGACAUAUAUGACUGACACACGAAUUAAUUUAUAAUUGUUAUUUAUUUCUAUUAAUUUGCAGUAUGUAAUAUCUGAAAAAGUAAAUGUACGCAGAAUAUGUAUGACUUUUGAGAUAGUUUGUAUAUUAAAUGCACAUAAUUUUUAUAUUUUUGAUAGAUCUUAAACAUAUUGAUCGUAAAC